UAUUUUUUACAUUUUUUUAAUUAGGAUAACCUAAACCCAAUUUCUUCUCCCCCACAAAUGAAAUCCUAUUUCAGUAUUUCUUCAUCAUCGCUACUGAAGCUCCUUCCUCGCCAUAGCUACCAAAGCUCCAUCCUCGCUGAAGCCCAUGGCCGCCGAACCAUUUCCAUGCUUGAACCCACUGCCGCUGGGUGUUUUCAUGCCACCUCCUUCUCCAAUCUACUGUUCCCUGGCCUCUCAAUUAGGAAACAAAUCGAAACCCAAAUCGUCUUACCAGAGUAGGAACUAGGAAUUAGGAAGUGAGAACAACCUUAAACCCUCCAAAAACCUCCCUAAACUCCCUCAAAUUUCAAACACCCAAUCCCUUCACCAAAACACAAUAUCAUCAAGCAUUGGAAAAUAUGUCAAUCGGUGAUGUCUAGACAAAGCCACCAUCAAAGCCAACAAGGAGCAUCUCUGGAUACGCCAUCAAAGGCUUACUUCACUAUUGUUUGUCGGAGAUAAAUCUUCACUUAAUAGUUCCUCGACUGAAAUCCAAAAUCAGAGGCAAGGUUAGAGAUAUUUAUGAUGGUGGGGAUUAUUUGGUUUUGGUCACCACUGAUUGGCAGAGUGCAUUUUAUAGGGUUAUUGCUUCUAUUCCAUUCAAAGGCCAAGUUGGUUUUGUAGAAUCUGCUGGACCCUCCGUUGAAAAGCUUAAUAACGUCAUUAAAUCUUUUAUUUCAUUGGUGAAACUAUUUAAUAGUUUGCAGUAGUUUAAAUUUUUUUAGAGGUCUAACCAUCAGGUGAUGGUUUUUUUGCUACUUUUUUAUUAAAUUCCAAAUAUUCAUAUUUAUUAUUGAAUUUUCUCUAUAUAGCCUAUUUAUAGUCUGCUGCAUUCCAAUAUUUAUAAUCUGCUGCAUUCUACUAUUUAUUGUCUGCUGCAUUUCCCAAAUUUAUUGCUGCAAACCAAUAAAACUAUUUGUUUGCCUAUUCUAUUAUCAAAUGCCUCAUUUAUGUCUUAUAUUUCCAAUGUGUUGGAAAUUUACAUUCAUCUGCUGAUUUCAAAUUCUGCAGACUUUUAUUUUCCCAAUUCUUCUUCAUUAUCUAUUCUAUAAAUGUUUGUCAUUUGAAAGAUCUCCUUUGCAUGCAUAUAUAAUGUUAUACCAGUCUUCUUUUUUUUUUUAAUAGUAUCACGGAAAGCAUACUGACCCUAAUGGCUAAGAGGUUCAAUUCUAUCUAAGAUCUUAAUCCUUCUAAAGAGGAGUGGAGGAUAAAGGUUAGAGUAAUUAGGCUUUGGAGGCAGAAGAAUUUUUGGUAGCCAAGACUGGGUGAUAAUAUUGAACUGUUUCUUUUGGUUGAACUGGUAAGUAUUUUGUGUUUUGAAUUUGGCUUUCCAUUAGGUAUUCUAAAGUUUGUUUUUUGAUAUCUCUUCCUUCUAGUACUUUUACAUGUUUUGUUCGGGGGGAGGAUUCAAGCAACUCUUAGGGCUUCUUUGCGUUUUAAGGAUGCUUUGAUUGAAGGAGAAGUAUAUGCAAUUUCAAAAUUUGGUGUUUCUUUGAAUGAAGAUCCUUUUAAGCC